AUUUUAACAGAGUUAUCUAGAUUUUUAAAAGAUUUUUUUGAAAAUUAAAAUGCUAGUUUUUUAAAUGUUCUGAUUUUAGACUUAAAGUAUCUGGACGUUUUAUUUUAGAAUCAGCAUGACCUUCUAAAAUUAAGAUUAAAUGAAAUACAAAGUCUUAAAUGAGUAACUCUACAACUAUUGUGCCACUUGUGCUAUGGGGUAAAAAACCUCCGAUCCACUCAAUAAAUGUGAUUACUUGCAGUUAUGAUCAAAAAACUAUUAUAACAGGAACUCUGCAUGGUCAAAUUGGUUUGUGGGAUCUUAGGCAUACAAAAGAUGGUGGAUUAAAGAUUAUUCCGAGAAAUCUGUUAUUUGCUCAUGGAUGCAAAGUUGUAUCAAUUGCUUGUGCUCUAGAUUCCAACUUUGAACGUCCUAACAUUGUUAGCUUGGCUGAAAAUGGAGAGUUAUGUUUGUGGGAUAUUGAAGAUGGGUUGUGUUUGCAAAUUAAUUCCAUACCUGGUGCACACACUGGUUUGAAUUCUAUUCAAUUCCAUAGAGGAAAUAUAAAAGAAUGGAGGCUGGUGUGUCAUGGGCUCUACUCAGAAAUACAUAUAAUUGAUUCUCUGUCUCUCCAGAUUCUCUAUUCUUUAAAGUCACGCAUUUCACCCAACUGGAUCUCUGCUGUCUGCUUUCUUAGGCUUGCUCGUGAGCAAGAAGAGCUUCUUAUUGGCUUAACUGUUUCCUGUUGUAUCAAGGUUUGGAUUAUGAACUCAACACUUGAAAAUAAGGGAGAGUUUGUUUACGAAGAUGAAUCAAAAACCAUUGACUGUGUUAAAGCAAAGGCAAUAUGUGCAAAUCCAUUUACACAGAGAAUUUUGCUUGUUAUCAGUGCAAAAACCUGGCAGGUAUACGAUGCUUGUGAAUUUAAUUUCCUUGCUGCUCUUCCUGCUCCAAAAAAAAUUCCACUUGUAAAUGGAGAUUUUGUGGCAUCAGAUAGAGUGCUUCUAUGGAAUAAGUUGGGCAAUGCGUUUAUGUAUAAACUUCCGUCAAGGUAUCUUUUAAGUGAUCAAAUUGAUGCAAAUGGUGAUAGAUCUUUUUAUCCUCCAGUUAUGAUAUGUCAGUUUGAUUCAUUUUUUAAUCAGGAUGCAUUUCGUUUCCCUACAACUUUUUCUUAUGGAAGACGCAUGCCUUUUUAUAAGUUACUAAUACAAGGUUCACAUGGAGGAAUUUGCAUUUGGAAAGUACCUGAUAAUGAAGAAAAGGAUGAAAUGCAUUCAAAACUGAGAAACACAUUUUCUGCUCUUGGGUCAACAGAAGUUACAAUAUCUCAUGGUGGAAUUCGAAAAACGCUACUGUUUGAUCAAAAAGCUACCAGAACUGUAAGUUAUACAACUUCUGUGAGUUUGAAGCAACUGUGGCAAGACAGUAUGCCCAUUAGCUUAUAUGAUAAUGUUCAGGUAAAUCAAGAUCACAGCGUGGUUGUUACAUGUAGUUUGUAUUUGCCGUCCCAAGGGAAAUUAGUAUGUGGAAGAACGAAUGGAACAAUUUUUCUUGUUGAUGCAAUCAAAGCAGCAUUGGCUCAGUUGAUACAACCUGCAGAAUCUAAAUUAGCAAGUUAUCCACCAUACAUAAUUCUCCAUGGACAUGUUGGGCAAGUUACAAGUUUACUUUAUCCUCAUGAUGAAAAUCCACGCUAUGAUCGAUCUUUACUAAUGUCUGGAGGUGCUGAUUUUACUGUUCGAGGUUGGGAUUUGGUUAAUGGAUCAUUAAUAACUAUAUUUCAUUGUCAUGGAGGUGAAAUUUUGAAACUUAUGGUGACACCUCCUGAUUGUAAUCCAAGAUUUUUACAGUGUGUCUGUUCAGUUGCUAAAGACCAUUCAGUUGCUUUGGUAGGUUUGCGUGAAAGAAAAGUUGUUCUUUUAGCUAGUCGUCACACAUUUCCAGUUGUUACAAUUAGAUGGAGAGUUAAAGAAGACUUUAUGGUGGUAGGUUGUUCUGAUGGAACUGUUUAUGUGUGGCAAAUGGAAACAGGACAUCUUGAUCGUUGUGCUGCUGGCCCUUUAGCCUAUGAGAUCCUGGAAUCAUGUGAUGAAGAAAUCUCUGCGCCAUCUGCAGCUGUUCGUGAACAUCAAAGAAAGUUUCAUUUGCAUCAACAUUUAACAAAAAUGACUAACAGAAUUCACAUUGAUUUAAAAGCACCAGCUAUGGUUAAGCGCAUGAAAAGCAGAAUGGCUUCUUUACACCAUCAUGUAACUGGUUCAUUUAAACACCAUCAAACUCAGAGUUUAAAAGGUGAAAACCGUAAUACUCCACUCGUUUUACCUCCGAUGCGAGUUUGUGCUCUACAAGCUUGCGUCAAUGACCCAGAAAUACAUGUUAUCUUAUUAGAUCCAGAAGCUCUUAUUAAGCAACUUCUUUCAGAUGAAGCAGAUUUUUAUAAAAAAUCUGAUUUUCCUGCUAAUCCGAAGCGUCAUCAUAAUGUUGAUAUCCAAGUUUCAGGAAUGGAACAAUCAUAUUCUGUUCCAUAUGAAGUUGCACAACUACUUUUAUCAUGUUGUCACAGUUGGGGCCUUGAUCAAGGUUUAGACUCAGUGUGCAUUCAAAAAUUAGGAAUCUUAAAACCAGUAAAAGCACUUUCAUUUGGACUUUUAACUAGAGGAAGGCUAGCGCUUAUGUUUCCUGGUUGGUAUAUAAGUGGUGAGGAAAACUAUAUAGCAACAUCUUUUGAUGCUGAUUUAAAUCCUGAUCAGAACUAUCAUCUUGUAGAUGAUGAAUUACAAAAAACAAUAUUCAAUGCACAUUGGCAAUUGUCGUCAUCUUUAACAACUCAACACUUGGUUUCCUUAGUUUCCGUCACAAACACUCUGAUGAGCAUGAAUUAUGUUAGUUUUGCCAUGAAAGGAGAAAGCAAUCAACAAACAUCUAUGUCUAGUAUACGAUCUGAAGUGAAAGCUGGGUGGAGUUUGUUAGCUGCUUUACAUUGCUGCAUGUUACCAGAUGCCAUGAAAGGUUUACUAUACAGACCACCUUUGCUGCACAUACUAGCUAGAAGAUGGCAAGAUCGUUGCUUAGAGAUUCGUGAAGCUGCCCAAGCCAUUUUAUUAGCUGAACUGCAACGCAUCGGGCCUUCAGGAAGAAAGCAACUUAUUGAUGCUUGGUCUCCACAUUUACCACAAAAUUUAGAUGCUGUGGAGUUUGGUUUUGAAGAUUUAGAACAAUAUGUAAAUAAUGAGGACGAAAAAAGUGUGUUUCCAAAUACUGAAGAAGAUCAUUCAGAUAUUGCAAUGGUUAUGAUGACAACUAGAAAAAUGGUUUCUAGUGACAUCAGAUUGCGUCACGCAACUGCUAUUAUAAUGCUUGGUGUGAUAGGUGCUGAGUUCCAAAAAGAAGUCGAUCCAGUAAAUAGAGAUUCUAAAGGAUCAAAUAGUUAUAUGGAUGUUAAUGUUGUACGCAUGACUGCUAAGGCUUUAACUACUCUUCUUCUGCGCAGACAAUCUUCUUCAACACCUGCUUACAGUGCUAUUCGACGUGCUGCUAUUGAUCUUAUAGGUCGUGGAUUUGCACUCUGGGAGCCUCAUAUUGAUGUUUCCCAGGUUAUAAUUGGAUUAUUUGAGUUGUGUGGAGAUAUAGAUAACCAACUAAAGAGUGAAAAAACUCAUAAUUUCUCAAUUCCUGCUGCAAAAGAUUUGCAUAGGUCAGCAAAACAUGCUUUGUCAUUAAUUUCAACUGCUCGUCCUUCAGCUUGUAUCACAACAUUAGCAAAAGAGAUUGCACGACAUGUGGCAUAUACAUCAUCAAUGUCUUUUACCCAACCUUCUCCAGCUGCUAUUGCUGUGUAUUCUCAUGUACGUCAGCAGCCAUCUGCCUUACAUGAAGCACCGAUGUCAACAGUUCUUCAUAGUGCACGUUCUGAAAUUCUACGUGUCAUGGAGUACAUGAUUGAAAAAAAUCAGCAACAAGUCAUUGAAUUUAUUGUUGAGGUUGUUGAUAUAAUUGUUCAUUUGUUGGACUUUAAAACAAUAAAAGAAAAAGGCUUGACUGAAAUUUGUCCAGCUUUGUUUAAGUUUGGAAUGGUUUCGUAUUGCAAUUACACCCGUCGUCUUGCUGUUGGAUCGCGACUCGGUCACAUUGCUUUGUACGAACUGAGAUCUUCAAGGUGUCAGAUUAUUCCAGCUCAUGAGACAGCAGUUUCUGCUUUGGCUUUUUCUCCUGAAGGGAAAUAUCUUGCUUCAUUUUCGUUUUCGGAUAAGAAAAUUAACUUUUAUCAGACUAGCAGCAGUCUCUUGGGCAUGCUAAGCUCCACAAUAAAAUGCAUACAUUCAUACAACACCGCGAUACCAGAUAAUAACAUGGCUGGUAAAACUAUUCGCAUUCUUUGGACAUCAAAAAAGCGUGUUGUUCUGUUGCUAGGCGACGGCUCUCAGCAGUCGUUUACUGCUUAAACUUUGUUAUAAAAUCCUGCGAUUUUAUGUUGAUCAGUUUUGUUUAUUUUUUCGUGUCACGUUCUUUUGUUUAUGUAACAUAUGUGUAAAAAGUGAACAAUAUUGCGCAACAUGUUAAUCUUCGUCAAUAAUAUUUUGUAAAUAAAAUAACUAUUUUGUGGUUUUUA